AUGAAAAGCGGACAGGGAAUGGUGCAUUCAAAGGAUGCGAGAAGAAACCUGAAAAAAACCACGACACUAUUUUGCGAUAUGAAUGCUGUUACCUGAAAAAUGGCUGAAUACACAAAGCUAAAUCCUAAAGAUGUGAACGGCGCAAGGGAACUUUUCAGGUUAAGAGCAGGUUUUAACUGCACGAACUUGUGCCAAUUUAUAAGGCAUCAGACGAAAAAUACGAUAUGUGAACAUUGCGACUGACAAAUACAGGAUGAAAAACAUUUAAUAGAAGAUUGUCCAAGGUUUAAUAACGAAAGAACGAAAUUACUAAUGAAUUUGAAGACAUACAUAGAUAGUGAUGAAGAUUUGAAUUUGAUGGAUGUUGUGCUGGAUUCUUGAAGAUAUGAAGAAAAAAAGAACAAGCUGGACUUGACAAGGAGUCAGGUUGACGAAGUUGAUGCUCAUGCUAAGGAAUUUAUCAAGAUAAUUACGAAAAGCAAAAAAUUAAGACGCCUUGGGCGUGAUAAAACGUAA